GAAAAAGGCGUAUUCGUCGAAAACACAUGGAAAAUUGAUCGAACGAAAUUACACAGAUAAUAAUGAGGAUGCAAUUAAAACGCUGCACGCGGCGGCGCAUGUGUCAAAGUUGGCGCGAAAAGUGGGACGUGUUUCUCGUGUUCCUGCGGAGAAACAGCUGUCUCUAUUCCGCGGCGAAUCCCUUGGCAGCAGGAAAAUUAGGUACGGAUUCCUCUAGUCUCGAUCGGAGAUGCCCGUCACGAAUUAGCAUUUAUAUCACCGUGGUACCGUGCAACGAGGUGGAAAUGGAAUAUCCAGAACGCCGUGAUAGAGACUCGCCCGGUCUUCCUGCCACGAAUUAAUACGUCCGUGUCUCCUCCAGCUGGAAUCGAUCGUCUUGUAACAGAAACUCGAAGCGGAUUUCUACGGCGAACAGGGGCCCGAUCAACAAGCUGCUCGUUCCUUCGGCUUCUUCUCGACAAAUGGAUUGUACCUGUUUCCUCUGGACGCCUGUUUCAUCAACCACGGCGUCAGCGUUCCGUCUCAAUAAUCAUUGCGGUCUUUCACGUCAUCGCGAGCAAGCGUAAAAUCGUAAUCCAAUUUGUCUGCGGAGGCCGCAACGAGCGAACGAAGGCGACGCGGCCCGGUCGAAUGAAGUCGUCGCGCAUCCCUGGCCUGGGCCGCCCGUUUAAUCAUCAUAAAUUUCGCGAGGAAACCGCAAACCAUCGUUCUCCCUUACGUCCACUUUGUCCCGGGGCCCGCGAGGCCGCUUCAAACGUGUCACGACGUUCCACGCGUGUUUCUCGCCGUGGUUUCACUUUGGACAGCCAUCCACCGCUUCGUUUUUGUCGGGAUGCAGGUGUUAGAAGGCUUGGUUGCACGCAGAUCUUCGUUCCAAGCGGACGUUCUACAGGAAAUUUAUGACCUCCUGAACAUCAUUCUCCGGGACAGGAUCGAUCAAUCAUCUGUGGAAACCAGGACGAAAGACGAAACCAUCGCGACAAUAUCCCGUUGGUACACUACAUAAGAUGUCCACCGUUCCACUUCCAUGCGGCAAUCAAAGAAGAGUCGGCGUCCAAUCAGACGCAGCUGGUCAAGAAGGGAUUCUAGGAGCGGGCAGAGCGGGUUUGGAAUCUUGGCAGGAGCCAGGGACAAAACAUUCGCCGCGAUGCCACGGCCAGAACGUAUAAUAAGAGUGUGAUUAGCAUUAUUUACGGCCGGUUAACUAUUAACCCAUAAAUCAACCGGAGGACUACAUUAUCCGACUGGUGUAACCGUGUGUUGGUGCGUGUCUGGUCGUCUCUCUUGGCUCCUCUCUUUCGAACAAGAAAAAUAAGAAGAAUAAGAAGAAGAAGAAAACGGUACCGUACCGAGGUGUGCAGACCUCGUAGAUCGUACGAACGAUAAGCGACGAGGAUUCGUGAGCCGACGAGAAAGGAAAAAGAGGGGUGAAGACGGGGGUGGCAAAGAGGAAAGCUUCGAUGGAAGAAGAAGGGAGAACGGCAGAGGCGGCCAGCCAUCUUCUUGGUGAUUUAGGAGGACGCAGUGUGCCUUCUUUCCUUUAUCAGCCGCUCCUUUCCUUCUUGUCUUCGCUGGAUCUCUCGCGCGAGUUUCUAGCGGAUUACGGUGAAUCAGCUCGACACCCCUUCGUAGACGUGCUCCGAUCGAGCCGCACUUUCGGUACCUGCAGCUUUAAAUUCCCCGGAAUCGAAGAAUUUCCACGGCAAAGAUCCGGCAAGCUCAGAGAAGCUGAUUCCGUGAAAACGGAAAGAAUCCGGGGGCUCCGCUUUAAUCAAGGUCGAAUGUUCAUUCUCCACGUCCACGGUCGGGCUAUCAAAUACAAUCACCGAACGUGCGGCGUCUUUUUCCUUUUCCCGUAGCGACCGGAUGCACAGUCUAACACACACCCUCUUCACCUACCGAAGCCAGAGUCGAUUCGUUCUCGCUCUCACGAAUUGAAUCCAGCCCGGUGGUGGUGAAGCAGUUUCUGGAGGGAAGAUGAAGGAGCGAGAGAAGGUUGCCCUGGCAACGACAGAGGGUUUCUCGACGUUGGUUGCCCGGGCAACCUCUAACCGGCGAUCCCUAAAUAUGCGCCAGCAGGCCAGAAGUGGCGUGAAAGAGGGAGGGAAAAGAGGGUGAGAAGAAGAGGUCGAGCCUGUAAGAAGAGGAAAGGGAGAAUCGGGAUGAGAGAAGAGAGAUCCUCGCCACUGGUUGGCAGAAGGAGCAUACCGGUGGGUUGGUAACUGUUACCGCGGAAGGUGAGGAGACCCAGUUAAUUACUAAAGCGUUUUAAUCGUCGGCAAAGUUCCGACGGCACUCGGGAGUCUGGACCAAAAGGGCUUCGGAGAAUGUGGCGGCUGUGUAAAUUAGGAACUCGCCAGUUUCCCUCUAGACUGUGUACACGAGUUUGUCUACCACGUUCAAGGAGCAAACCGGCAAGUUUUCACGGGGUGGGACGCGCGGUACGCGAAGCAGUCGAAUCUUUAUUCCAAUCGUCUUAUAAGAUUUUUACAUUAUUUUCUUACAAGAAACGAACGAUGCGUUUGGCGGGUCAAUUUCAAUUCAUCGAUCUUCAGAAUAUUUAUUGACGUUAAUAAGCAUAUUCAUAAUUCGAUUAAUCAAUAGACAAAACCUCAAAGUGCUAAGACAGAACAUUUGUUGACGUUAAUAAGCAUAUUUAUAAUUCGAUUAAUCAAUAGACAAAACCUCAAAGUGCUAAAAAUAUGCUCACCGAUUCCUCGAUUCACAAAACAACAAUAUUCGUCAACGUAUUACUUCGCGCUUGACCCAGCCAAGUUUACGUAAAGGUUACACAAUUUAUCAAAUUUCUUAUUCAACUUUACUUGCUGGAAAAGGUCAUUACAUCAGUUCCGUAAUACAAAGUAACAAAAUACGAAGCAACAGACGAUGCCGUGGAUCUUCAGUCAACACAAGAUCGUUGAAAAGCGUCGAAUUUCGACGUCGAUCGGCGCAAUACGUUCACCUAUUCAUCCAAAUAAACGACGACACACCGGUAACCAAGCUAGCCCGACGUCCCGCGUUAAAUAACUUUGCUUAACAAGGUGCUGCCGCCACUGUAAAAAGAUUACGUAAGCGGUAAUGGCCGCCAGCUCCUCCUAAAUUCGAGUACGAAGAGUUCCAGCCACAGAGUGCACCGAGUCGGGAAGCAAGGCGCGAGAAAGAGAGGAUGAUAGAGGCUGAGGGGGAACAGGAAUGGCGAACGAGAAGGAGGAGGAGGUGUAGGAGGAGGGAGAGGCGAUACGACGCCCGGUGGCGGGGGUUAAUUUUAAUUUCCUAAUUUUUCCCACCCCGAGGCACAGGUAAUUUCCUCCCCAGAAGAGAAUAGAUGUAAUUACUUAACGCCUCCGAGCUCAGAGCUCCUCUUAUUAAAAGAGGAUCGUGCCCUCGAGGGCUGGAGGGGUGGAAGAUACUCGUCUGGUGGGGGUGGGAGUGGAGUGGUGGAAGCACAACAAUCGUCGGAGGACGAUCGCGAAGAAAGGGAAACGUUGUCGGGCUCGUUCCCUCGAAGAUGAACAACGGCGGAGAUCAAGCUUCAUCGUGCUUUCGAUCGUCUCUGGCUUUCCUGGAAUAUUUCUGCGUCGAUCUCUUCAAGUCGGUAUUCGUGCAAUCCUCCGGAGGACAGUUGUGAGUUGUUUAAUAAAAAAAAAAAAAAAAAAAAAAAAGAGAGAAGGUGAAAGAAGAAAGGAGGAGAAAUAAAGGAAGGAGGAUAGUUUUUUGUGGUGGAAAAAAUUUGAACUUUGUAGAAGUGCGCAUCUCGUUGACGACAUUAGAGGCUAAGGUCGACGCUGCUGCCUAGGCUCCACGACAGGGGUGGUUUGCCGAAUGCUGUGGGGAAGGGAGGAGCCAUCUUGCGGCUGCUUUCAGGGCAGCCACCAAUUGAUUCAUCCCCACUACGGCACCACCAUUACUGCAAGGAAGGGGCGUCGAUUCAAUUCCAGGGCAAAAAAACCGUCUACGAGGCGGAGUUCGCUUCGUAAUCCAUCCGUCCUCAUUGGCCAGGAAUAGAGUGGCACCCGUGAACCCACCAUCUGUCCGACCAAUCCAAAGCCUCUGGGUGGCGACCCAAACCAGUUUUGACUCCGUGGACAGAGGGGAGCCGUUGACUUCACUCUCGAGGCAGAUAGUGCUGUGCCGUUGGCUCGUGCCGUAGUGGUCCUAACACUAACAGGUCCUUGCCAGCAAGGAAUCCCUGGAAUCCGUUCCGUUGCGCGCUCGAAUUCAUCCCACGGACUGCCAAAUACACAAAUACGACCCGUGCUCUUCUCUAAUCUCGUCAGCUGAUCGGUGUUUUCGUUGCUGCUGAUUGCGUAACCUGAUGUCCAGGUACGACGACACCGUCACCUUUAAACAGUUUCUAAUAAGUGUGAUCGUCGACCAGUGCACCGUGGACUUGUGUUUUCAACGAUGGCCCAGUUUCCCUAGUGACUUUUGCGAUUUGGCGGGUUCAUUCACAAAAUUGACGGAAACAUGAACAUUCAGAGUGAAGAUUAGAUCCCGGACGGAAAGUUUGAUCUCGGAAAGACCAACAAUGAGAAAUCGUGGCGUGAAACUGGAGUGUUAGUUACCGAGGCUGUACUCGCGAAAGGACUAAAUGGACUUUCGAAAUACGUGUUUCAUGAAAUUCUGCUUGACUAACUUGGUGGGAUUAUAUUUUUUGGGAUUUGGGAGAAAAUCGCCGAGGACUUUGAAUAGUAGAUAAAAGACUGAAGCAUAGAAGCUGAAAAUACUGGCAGAAAGAAUUUACAUGGAAUCCUCGAUGCAAGAAUUCUCUUAAAAGGCGAAAAGGUCGAUUGCCAUUGACGGAAACCUCGAAUUACGCCUUCCGACGGCUGUCGACUUACCACGAGCACGUUCACUCGCAAACACAUUCGCCAUCCUUCACGAUUACCGAUCUUCAAUAAACAUGAUCAAUCUCGCUGCAUAUAUCUAAAAGGAACUUCUAAAUUCCAUCAAUCUUAAACUUAAACCUUCCAUGUAAGAUGUAAACAAACGAUUCCUUGGUACAUCAUCGAAAACUUAUCUCACGUGCGUCGUACUCUGAAAUUGAGGUGUCCAGACCUGUAACAACUGUUCUCGUCGAAUGUCAGUUCCCAUGAAGUUGAGGAAACCACGUCGAUCGUUGAAAGUAUAGCGUAUCGAGGAUAGAGUAUAGAGAGGGAUAUAGAUGCAAAAUAAGUGAAAUCUCUCCGGUGGAGAGACAGCCAGUCGUCAAGUUGGUCCCAAACAUGGUCCUGGAACCAGGAGGUGGUCUGUCCUUUCCACUGCCUCCUGGUAGCGGCUCUACUGGUUCCGGUGGUUCCCUCCUGACUCCGGCCAGACUGUUCCAGAGGGCGACACCCGUGUUUCCGUUUCAUCUGACAGGAUGGCCACCACAUCAUCCGGUCCUCGGACAGGUUCAAAGCCAGGUACAGCAGACGAUGCAAGCUCAGCAUCAAGCAGCCGCGGCCGCUGUCAGGUUCCUCAGUCAUCAUCAUCCUCAUCAUCCGCAUCCGGCACUAGGGAACCACCCCCUGGUGCCGGCGAUAACUAGCCACCAUCCGACCGCCCAUCAUCUUCAUCACGGCGCCGAUCACGCCGACGAGGAUGACGAAAAGAAAGGCUGCGAUGGUGAAUCGGACGAAGGUGGAAGCAAAAGGCGAAGGAGCAGGACCAACUUUAAUAGCUGGCAACUGGAGGAAUUGGAACGGGCAUUUCUCUCGAGUCAUUAUCCUGAUGUGUUUAUGCGAGAAGCUCUGGCUGUGAGACUCGAGCUGAAAGAGAGCCGCGUGGCCGUAUGGUUCCAAAACAGAAGGGCAAAAUGGAGGAAAAAGGAGCACACGAAGAAGGGUCCAGGAAGGCCGGCACAUAACGCUCAUCCUCAGAGUUGUAGCGGCGAACCCAUUCCACCUGAAGAGCUCAGAAGAAAGGAAAGGGAAAGGCGGCAGAAGAAAUUGUUGAAAGCUCUUGAACGACAGCAGAGGAAAUUAGCUGCGAAGGGAAUCACCGUGGACCUCUCGACGCUUCGCGCCGAAUGGGAGUCCCGGAGCGCCGCGGCAUCCAGCGGAAAUUCCCUGAACGGCAGCCUAGGAAGCUCGUUCAACCACUUGACAAACAACAACGAGAGCAGCAGCGUGUCAGGUUCCGGAAACGACGCGAACGAGGAGAUUGACGUGGUGGGUGGUCUGGAUUCUUGCAGCGAGAGCGGCAGCGAGAGAGUCGAUUCGGCUGCGGAUGGUUCUAUCGAUGGAGAGUGUUAUCCAAGGCUAGCAAAUACCAGCAACGAGCAGAACGAUCCUCGGAGAUCGGUGAACCAGGUCUCAGGGAGUCUUCAGAGUCCCAACUCCAGCCUGAGUCUCGAUCAUUUGAACCAUCAGCAAGGGAUUCAUCAUUGGGGUCUAAGCCUUCUAGAGAGAAGAAGGGAGCUAGUGAAUAUCAACAGUGCAGGUGGACCGCGCCAGACAACGAACAGUAGCAGCCAACCUGGCAGAAUAUCCGUCAGGCAACAGACCAACGAAGAAGAGGUCCAAAGCAGUAGCAUAGACUUGUCCGUGAAAGGGAGAGAAGAAAGAAAGAGGCUGAACCCCUUCUCCAUCGACAGUCUCUUGGGCAAUAACAGAACCAGCACCCCUGGAAUCCACAACGAAUACAGAGCCUCGACGCCAACCCUUUCUAACGGAAGGGAGUCGAGCAGCCCCACGUCGCCGAUUUCCGUACCCACUUCGCCAUCCACCACGUAGUGAGUCAAGAAGUCGAAUUCCUUCCAGUCGAGAUUGUCCGGUGACAAACGACGCGAGUUUCGGUGUCAGACAACGAAGUGAUGGGCCAGUUUCGCGAGAACAUUAUCGUGAACAACGAGAAGGUUGAGGUUAGGGAGAUCCACACGUUUAGGACAGUACCCUAUUAUCGCUGUUCGAAGUGGAACAGAAGAGUUCCUGUGAUGGCGAGCCUAGAUCUUUCAUUUCUUAGAAGACUUGCCACGGUUUAACAUUGUUUAGUAUCAUUCGAUUGGUCAAGAAGAAAGGAUCUUUAACGAAGGAUGACGAACAGUGAUUCGAUCUACGUUCCACGAUCCAGUUGGAGAUUCCAGAGAAUUUUCGCUGUCGAAGCAUGACUGUUUUCGUCGGUCGCGUAACUCGAAAGAGACAAAGAGAAAAGCGACGAGUUUUUUGACUGAAUAAAGGGAAGCUUAUAUCAGUUUCGACAUAUCUGCAUCGAGUGCGUGAGUGACGUUGAGUCUGUCCAGGGUGUUCGACUUUCUUCUUUGUCCUGCGUGUUCGAGUGUAGAGAUCGAGACGAGAAUGUGCAAUAAAACAAGCAUCAUCUUCCUCUUUUUCGCUCUAGAACGAUUUUGUUCGAGAGAUAUGGCGGAGGAUGAGAGAUAGAUAGAGAUAGUAAGGAUGCGUGUGCGAGAGAGCGACAGACUGCGCGUGUAUUUAAUGUAAAUAGCUCGAAAUAUGGACGAUUUCGUUUUAUUUAAUUGAUCGUAGUCGAUACCCAAGUGUUCGUCGAGUCGCGGAUAUUAUUUAAAGCAAUAGAAAUUUCGCCUGGUACGCGUGUAUAUAAUAUAGAGAAUAAAAGGAAAGUUUUAGACAAUGCGUGAAGGAUGCUGAAAAUGAUAACAAGCGGUACAAAGCUGAAUUACAGGAUGUUUCUCCUCUUCUUGUUUUUUUUCUCUUUUUUUUUGUGUGUGUCAUACCAGGCUGCACUUUGUGUGUGUGUGAGAAAGAGAGGAAUAUCGGAGAUCGAUAAGGGGAUGCGAAGAGGAGAAGAGAGGGACAGAGAAAGCAUGUGUGUGUGUGUGUGUGUGUGAGAGAGAGAGAGAGAGAGAAGAUGUUACGAGAUGCCAUAAAAUCUGGGAUGCGAGACAGUAUCUACCGUAUAUUCAUUUCAAAUAUAUUAAUUUAUUCUCAACACUA